CCUCCUACACAUGAUGGUUUUUUUAUUCUCUCGCCAUUUCUCCAUUAACUAUGCUAUUGUGUUCUUCUCAGGAGCCCUCCUAUUCCGCAUAGUUUCUUUCAAAGAAAAAAGAAUAGUAUAUGGGGAGCGAGUGCAAUCCAACAAGCAAACAUCGUUAUGACAUUACCAUGUCAAAGAGAACAAGAAAGCCAUUUAAUCUUCCAGAAGCCAAAGUAAAUGAUCACACAAGAAGUUCCCAAGAAAAGGAUCAAGCUGGAGACAGCAGCCAGCGUAGGAGUUUGAAGCAACUCAUGAUCAAUGGUAAUAUCAAUAUUGAAGGAACCAAUAAUAAAGGGAACCCAAGUGAUGAAAGUAAGAGCAAACUCAGAAGCUCACUUGGACAGCACUUCUCAGAUGAAGAGAAGCAGCAGCUUCAACUGGUAACGAAACAGAAGCAAGAAAUCAUGCAGGGAGCAAAGCUCAAAGGAAUGAUGGGUCGCUAUGUUAAAGUGUUGAGCCAUUUGAUCAAGGCCAAACGCGAGUCUUCUUCUUCUACCCGUAAUAAUAUUGGAUCUCGAAAAAAGCCAGUCCUCCGGUUGGCGAUGUAGGGUGUGUAUAUACUCAUUCGGUGGGUGAUCCUUUUUUAUUGCUUUUGCAUGGUUAUUGGCAUAUUAUAUUUUAUAUAUA